GCGGGAAGCCUUGCCUUCUGAGAACUUUGUGUGCAGAAGGAUGGUGCACGCCUUUGCGAGGGGGGUGGGGCGCGGAGAACUUACAAGGUUUCCAGAUCUCAGAGGUAGAAAGAGAUCCAUGCACACAAAGGGCCACGACUGGAGCGCCAAAUGCUUUGCAAAACCUUAAGAUAAAUGCAAGGCAAACCAAGGUGUUCUGUUCUUAAAAUGGCAAGUUUCUUUUCCUGGCUCGGUGCCUAAGGAUCAUGAGCAAGGCACCAAGCUCGAGUCACCUGGAGGAGGAGGGCGUGCUCUUGGUUGCGCUUUGCCCCAGCGCGCAGAGGCGUAGGAAAUUCUGGGGAAAGCGUGGGGGUCUUCACUAGGGAAUGACUGACGACAAGCUGUUAUCGCCAAAGGAAAACUUUACAAGGCGGCUCCUAAUAAAGUUGCCAGCUAUUGUUUCAGAACAGUCCCGGCCGGCGGCGCAGACGUCCCACUGGACCACCCUGGGUCACCCUGAGCACAGACUUGAGACCCAAGUCCCAGAUCUGUGGACUUUCGCAGUGCGUCCCGCCCCUCACGCCCCACCCCUUAAGGUCCCACUUCCUCCAGUCUUUAAAACCCCGGAGUAGAGGGAUGGCGUGUCGCCUCUGGGGUGCGUUGCAGACACCUCUGCGACGCCAGCUUGAAAGCCGCCGGCGGGCUGGGAUUUAGCUCCACUUUAUCAACUCCCAACCCCUCACCCAUCUCAACCGCAACUCCAACUCUGUGAGAAAGUCCUGACUUUGCGGAGCCCCAGGUGCACUGGAGCUCAGCAAACUUGAGACACUUCCCCCCUGUCCUCCAUCCUAAUCUAAGUUUAGGUUCUGACUGAGCCAAGAGUGGGUGCUAAAGCAGCGGGCCUCAGGUGUCUAGGACUCCGGGUCCUUGGGGACUCUCAGGUUGAAGUCUUGCAGAGUCUGGGCAGAGGCUCCAGAGCUUCUCCCAGACCCCACUGCUCUACACCGCUGGAACCGCGCUUCAUCGCAGGUCAGUCUGUCCACGGAGCCACCUUCCCGAGCCUCUUCAGAGCAGCAGUUCUUGAAGCAUGGCCACCAGCCUUAGUGCAGACAGUCCACAGCAGCUGAGCUCGCUGUCUACCCAACAGACCAUUCUUCUGCUACUCGUUUCGGUCCUGGCCAUCGUGCACUUAGGCCAGUGGCUGCUGCGCCAGUGGCGACGGAAACCGUGGUCCUCGCCCCCGGGUCCCUUUCCUUGGCCAUUGAUCGGAAACGCGGCGUCUGUUGGCCGGGCAUCGCACUUGUACUUCGCUCGCCUUGCGAGGCGCUAUGGCGACGUUUUUCAGAUCCGUCUGGGCAGCUGUCCCGUGGUGGUGCUGAAUGGCGAGAGUGCCAUCCAUCAGGCUCUGGUGCAGCAGGGCGGCGUCUUUGCGGACCGGCCUCCCUUCGCCUCUUUCCGUGUGGUGUCUGGUGGCCGCAGCCUGGCGUUCGGCCACUACUCAGAGCGCUGGAAGGAGCGGCGACGUGCAGCCUAUGGCACGAUGCGUGCCUUCUCCACCCGCCACCCGCGCAGCCGCGGUCUCCUCGAGGGCCACGCGCUGGGAGAGGCUCGAGAGUUGGUGGCAGUGUUGGUGCGGCGCUGCGCCGGUGGCGCCUGCCUCGAUCCGACGCAGCCGAUCAUAGUGGCGGUGGCUAAUGUCAUGAGCGCUGUAUGCUUCGGCUGUCGGUACAACCACGACGAUGCCGAGUUCCUGGAGCUGCUCAGCCACAACGAGGAGUUCGGGCGCACCGUGGGCGCGGGCAGCCUGGUGGACGUGAUGCCCUGGCUGCAGCUUUUUCCCAACCCGGUGCGCACCAUCUUCCGCGAGUUCGAGCAGAUCAACCGCAACUUCAGCAACUUCGUCCUGGACAAGUUCCUGAGGCACCGAGAAAGCCUCGUGCCCGGGGCUGCUCCUCGAGACAUGAUGGACGCCUUCAUCCUCUCCGCCGAAAAGAAGGCGACUGGGGACCCUGGUGACAGUCCCUCCGGGCUGGAUUUGGAGGAUGUGCCUGCCACUAUUACAGACAUCUUUGGAGCCAGCCAGGACACCCUUUCCACCGCGCUGCUGUGGCUGCUCAUCCUCUUUACCAGAUACCCGGAUGUGCAGGCCCGCGUGCAGGCCGAGUUGGACCAGGUUGUGGGGAGGGACCGCCUGCCCUGCAUGAGUGACCAACCCAACUUACCAUACGUCAUGGCUUUUCUUUAUGAAUCCAUGCGAUUCACCAGCUUUUUGCCUGUCACCCUUCCACAUGCCACCACUGCCAACACCUUUGUUUUAGGCUACUACAUCCCCAAAAACACGGUAGUUUUUGUUAACCAGUGGUCUGUGAAUCAUGACCCAGCAAAGUGGUCUAACCCAGAGGACUUUGAUCCGGCCCGCUUCCUGGACAAGGACGGCUUCAUUAACAAGGCACUAGCCAGCAGCGUGAUGAUAUUUUCAGUGGGCAAACGACGGUGCAUCGGCGAGGAGUUGUCUAAGACGCUUCUGUUUCUCUUCAUCUCCAUCCUCGCUCAUCAGUGCAAUUUCAAGGCUAACCAAAACGAGCCCUCAAACAUGAGUUUCAGUUACGGCCUGAGCAUUAAGCCCAAGUCGUUUAAAAUCCAUGUGUCUCUCAGAGAGUCCAUGAAGCUCCUUGAUAGUGCUGUCGAGAAGCUGCAAGCUGAGGAAGCUUGCCAGUGAGAGAGGGAGAGGCCGGAGGUAACUGAAAUGUUCAAAGAAAACCAUCUCAUUAACUGGAGAGGAAAACACAGAUUUUAUUUUCUCCAGCUUCAUUUUGGCCUCAGUUCUCAAGAAUGAGCGGAAACCAAGUGGCCUGAAGGUGAGGCGGGCUUACCAAUUCAUGGCUCCUCACCGGCCAGCAGCUGGAGAUCCUGAAGUAUUUUGAAAUUGAAGAGUAAUAGGGUCCAAGGAAUUUGCAUACUGUUCCCCCCUCACCCCCAUUAAACACAUGCACACAAAUCAGCAUGUGUGUACAGCUAUCCAACAAAAUAUUUCAGUAACUCUGCCUUUUUGGGUCGAUUUGAAAGGGAACUUCUAUGUGCAGAAAUUGGCCCCAUAGGAAACCACAGUAAGCAGAGGCUUAGGAUAUAUAUAUAUAUAUAUAUAUAUUCAAGAUUCAAAGAAGUGAUUUAAGUGUAAAAUAUAAAGAGCAGAAAUUCUACCAAGAGACAAAUGAGGCCACUCCCUUGUGGCCCUGGACGAGGUUUUCUUUCUGCCUGUAGAUGUGCCUCCCACUCUAGAACGGACCAUAAAGCCGUUUUGCUCCCCCUCAAUUUAUGGCUAGUUUAAUAACCACAGUAGGUUUUAGAGAUUAGUGAAUCCAAAGGUAAAUUGUUUGAAAGGCAAAAGGAUUUUGUAAGUUAAAACUGUAUGUCAUUCAGCUGUUCAAACGAAGCAUUCCAGUUAUGAGGGAGAAAAAGGUUUGCCAGUCUAACGUAAGCUUUCAACUUUGGGAUCGUAACAAACUGAUCUGAGUAAUAAGUCGGAUAAAGUAAAAAAUAAAAAAGCCUCAUGUCACCAAAUAGCAUUCAAUAAAUUUUGCAUAAUUAUUCACAAGCAUCAUAUGAAUAUUAACUAUUUGAUCAGGAAAGCACUUGAAUAAUACAUUUCUUAUGUCAUCUUGCAAACCAAAAAGUAUAAUCAGUUGGGUGAAAUUUGCCCAAAUCCAGGAAACGAUCCUGACAAAAUCGAUCUGAUUAGAUAUCAGGGAAGCAAGUAACAGGACGAUCCUUUCCUUUCUUAUUUACAGCCCCUACACGAGACAAAUCUCAAAACUAAACCAGCAAAACCAUGCUCUGAUCUGGUAAUUGUAGUUACAACGCACUUUUCUUUUGGAAUUGACCCCUUUCGUGCGUUAAGAUUCCAAACUCUUGGCUGGCUCUGAUUUUAAAUUAGUUUAAAAUCCACCUUGAUUAUUUUGUUUCGGUUGAAGCUGGAGAAAGUAUGGUUAUUAUCUCACAGAAGGUGAGACACCUAACCUUUAUCUAAGGACAAAUGUCAAAGGCAACAAUCAAUCAAACAAACAAACAAAGCCAUGAGUGCUCUGGGUGUUCUUAUUAGACGCCCUCUGACAAGAAACUCAGUACCACUGGUAGUUGGUAGUUUCUUUUUAUGUGCUAUUACUAUGGUUGUUGUAGGUGUUUUUUAAAUUGAGUAUUAAGGUCUGCGGUUUUGUGUUUUUUUUAAGUCAGAAUCUGAAGAUUGUCUUGGGAGGUUGUUUAGCGACUGCUUGGGGAGACAGCAGAGACGGCUAAAAUUGGCUCUUAUUUAGGAUGGCAGACUGAGCAGCCGCUUCCUGGUAGCUGAGAGAGGAGAAAUAUAUGUAUUUGGAUUGUGUAAACAAUCCGAAACCUGUUAAGAAGGGUUGGAUGAGUGGAAAAGUAGGGACAGGGCGAGUGGGGGGUUUCCCAUUUCUGUUUUCACUGCAAUUUAGACGGAACAAAAGAAGCCCACGGCACUCAGAGAGCUUAUGGUUGGCUCUGUUUCAUUAGGCUUCUUGGAAUUUUCCUAUCAAAAUUGCAAAGGAAGGAGUGUGUGAUAUUCCUUGUGUGCAGAGGCCAGAAGCUGACAGACAGAGAGUGCAUGAGCAGGAGAGAAAUGUUUAAAUGGUCCCCAUUCACUCCAAAUUAGUCUCUUGACCUGUAACAUUUGAGGCAUGAUGUUUAGAAAAAAAGGAGUUUCAAGGGUCAGGUCUUACCUUCAAGUGUCUCUUAAGACUGGCUGGAGACCAAGCCCUCACCCUCUCUCUCCCCCAUCCACAUCUAUUUUGUAGUUGGAGAUUGAAUUAUAAAAAAUAUAAUGUAAUCCUUAUUUAAAUUUCUCACAACAGAACCCCUUGAAUGUGAAACACAGGUUGUGUCAGUAUUUUCGAGGCCUUGAUUUCAACUACAAAAAUUAACUCUGUAAACAUUUUUAAGUUUUUCAGACAUUUUAAAAGCAUGCACCUCAGUAAGGUCGGGACAGUGAUUUGAGCCUCCAUGGCCUCUUUACUAUGAGAAAUUUGUAAGAGUGAAAAGUCUUCAUGAACCAAUCUGGACUCCUCAUUAAGCCAACCAGACCCAGAUGUUUUGUGAACGUAGGGGUCAUGUUCGUCUGAUGCUUUCAGCAAAGGGGAAAGAAGGGGGCUACUUUGUAUAUAUUUAGAACCCAGUGAAAGGAAGGAGGAUACAAGUCAGGAAAGAGUAACAAUUGUCAUAUUCGGAAGCUAAUAGAUUACUGGCUUAGUUGGAAAGCCUGCCUUAUUCUGCUACAGAGGGAUUUCUUUUGCUGGUCACCAUCUUCAUCAGAGUAUCCACCUCCUGUCAGGGCAGCAAAAGUAUGUUUUUAUUAAAUGUCUCCCUUGCACAGUAAAGCUUGGACUAUGUCAGAACGUUGCUUUUUUUUUUCAAAAACAAAAAAUAUGCCUCAGGUGUGUUUUAUGAAUUACUCAAAAGAGUUCAUGCCCCAGAACUUAGCCUGUACCUGUGAAAUAUUAUCAUGCCCUUAUGUAUUCACACCAGGGCUGUGCUAGAUUAAAUAGAGAUCAUCACCAUGUAUGCUAAUUACUGUUUUUAGCAGUGACACAGUUGUGUGACAGAAGGUGUAUGUUACCAGGUGAUUAUAACCCAGAAAUAAUUCCCUAUUUAACCUCUUCUUGUGCUUUUGUACUUUGUCAUGUAUGUUCUUAAUCUGUAUAUAGCUGAUACAGUGCACACAGAUCCUCUGCACACAGAAUUAACUAAUGUGAUAUACCAACAUUUAACAUGCUCUGUCUUCACUGUCUAUCAUGAAACAGUGUCACCUAAACAAUAAAGACCACUGUCAUAAA